GGGAAAAUGGAGAAAGGGACGAGUGCAAUAUUGAUGCGAAAGUAUGAGCUUAGCCGCAUACUAGGACAAGGGACAUUUGCAAAGGUUUACUUGGCGCGAAACCUGAAGUCCGGUCAGAGUGUAGCCAUUAAGAUUAUCGACAAGGAGAAGGUUUUAAAGGUGGGAUUGAUAGAUCAAAUCAAACGAGAAAUCUCCGUGAUGCACCUCGUUAGACAUCCAAAUGUUAUUCAGCUCUAUGAAGUCAUGGCAAGCAAAACCAAGAUUUAUUUCUCCAUGGAGUAUGUGAAAGGUGGAGAGCUUUUCAACAAGGUUGCUAAAGGGAAGCUUAAGGAAGAUGCGGCACGUAAAUAUUUUCAACAUUUGAUUGGGGCCGUGGAUUUUUGUCAUAGCCGUGGGGUGUAUCACCGAGACAUUAAACCAGAGAAUCUCCUUCUUGAUGACAAUGGUAACUUAAAAAUUUCAGAUUUUGGCUUGAGUGCAUUGUGGGAUUCUAGGAGACAAGAUGGCCUUCUUCACACAACGUGUGGUACUCCAGCUUAUGUUGCUCCGGAAGUAAUUAACAAGAAAGGUUAUGAUGGAGCUAAGGCUGAUAUAUGGUCAUGUGGUGUGGUUCUCUUUGUUUUAUUGGCAGGUUAUCUUCCUUUCCAAGAUACGAAUCUCUUGGAAAUGUAUAAGAAGAUUAGCAGAGGAGAAUUUAAGUGCCCCCAGUGGUUCCCACCAGAGGUUCGAAAGCUUCUUUCAAGAAUUCUUGACACCAAUCCAAGCACAAGAAUAAAUGUGGCCAAGAUCAAGGAGAAUACUUGGUUCAAGAAGGGAUUCAAACAGUUUGAAACCCCACUACCCCCUCCAGAUGCUAACAACAUCUCCGUUAGUGAUGUUCAAGCUGCCUUUGCUUCAUCAGGUUCUGAUGAUGAUUUGAACAACAAAGUUGGUGCAGAAACAAGCCACAGGAGACCACCAUGUUUCAAUGCCUUUGAUAUUAUCUCUCUUUCACAAGGAUUUGAUCUAUCCGGCUUGUUUGAGAAGGACAUGAGUCAGAGACCACAGGCAAGAUUCACUAGUACAAAACCCGCCUCAAUGAUCGAGUCGAAAUUUGAAGAAAUAGCAGAGAUGGAGAGAUUUAAGUUCAUGAAGAAAGAUGGAAAGGUGAAAUUACAGGGCAGAAAAGAAGGGAGAAAAGGACAACUUGCAAUAGAUGCUGAAAUUUUUGAAGUUACGCCUUCCUUUUGUGUUGUGGAGAUGACGAAAGCAGCAGGGGACACAUUGGAAUAUAGAAAUUUCUGUAAGCAGGAUUUGAAGCCCUCACUCAAGGAUAUUGUAUGGAAUUGGCAAGGAAGUGAGGAACAACAACAACAACAACAAUAACAAUAGGCUUAAUCGUCCUAUUGGUCAUUUCUCUUAGAUAAGUCUUGCUCUUAUAUGUGUCUCUUCUAUCUAAAAUAUGUAUUAA